CUUUUGACGAUUUAGUUAAAAAAUAUAUUAAUAAUUUAGCACCAAACAAAAAAGAAAAGGCCUUAAUAAAUAAAAAAAAAUUGCAACAAAUCAAGGAAGUUCUUCUUGAUCCUACAAAUACUAAAUUAUAUACUUCUGCAUUCUAUGAUUUGAUUCUUGAUACUUUAUCUACAAUCGAGCCUUCAAAUCAAGAUUCAAAUUUGGAUAAAAGUACUAAUACUGAUGACACUAUACCCAUAUUAGAAUCUUCAUAUCCAAGUUUGAAAAAUGAUAAUCCAACUUUAAUAGAUAAUUAUAAUUACAAUAAUAUGCCCGUAAUUGAAUCUAGUUUAAAUCAGAAUCUAGAAAUA